AACAGUCGAGCGGUCCGGACGUGUUUCUCGUGUACGAAUUCAGUUAGUUUCACGUGAUGUAUUUUUAGCUUCUGUUCGCUUAUAAUAAAAGCAUAUGGAAUUCGAUGUUUUACGUACAUCUCUGUAGCAAUUAUAUAUUUUGGUUCGCAAAGACACAAAAAACUAUUUAUUUUUAGAUGCGUUCCAAACAUUCGGAGAGUGCGUAUAAUUUUCGGUUUAUUUUAAAGAAAAAUUUUAAAGAUAUAUUUUGAAGUUCAUUCUAAAAUACGCGGCAUAUUUGCUUAGAAAUUCCUAACAAUUUCGGAUGUCGAAAUGCAUUCAAACGAAUUAUUAAGUGUGAUUUAAGUGUCUCUUAAUUUUGAUGAAAAUAUUUUGUGUGAUAAUUAAUAACUGGUGAUACAAAUCUGAUUAUUGCUGGAGUGACAUGAGACUCGUUUGAAAAUUAAGAAUCGAAUUUUAUUAGGGUAACAUUCAGCGGGCAUGAUAAACUCUAAAUAUAAAUGUUGAAAUUAAGAAAAUGGAAAAUUCAGAAAAUGGAAUUUCGAGCUCAACUUCACCUCAUCACGCUCAUUCAGAUGAGUACAACACAGUAUUUACGAAACGGUUAUCCGAGCCGAAUUUAAACAGUACAUUCAUCAACGAAGAUGCUUCCCAUUCAGACCCCGACUACAGCGGAGGUUUGUUGGAGGACUGGAAAUCGAUUCACAUAGUUAGUGAUCAUCCAUCUGGUACAAGUAGUGGAUUCGAAAACACCUUUAAAGUAUUAGCAAAUCAAGUGCGCCAUCAACGGUUCAGUAGUGCUGACAUUAGAAACCUAUUACACUGCAGCUCGCUAGCCGAUAAGUCAUCAGAGUACUUGGAUGUUUCUAAGUAUGAUCGGUUCCUUCGAGCGAUCAGCGAAGAAUCAUCAACAUCCGAUUAUGAUAGAGAAGAGAGCUAUGAUAGCCCAAGCAGUCUCGAGCUAGAACUAGAAGCACGGCAACGAAUUAGAGAAUUGGCUGAUCGAAUGAAGGAGGCGAAUACAAGUGAUCGUGACGGUGAUAUCAAAUUGCCUUUGGCUGAGCAUUUAUACGGCGUUGAGUUAUCUAAUAAAUCGUCGGAAAAAGUAGAAACUCCGUUGACUGAAGAUAUUAAGCAACAAAACGGAGACUAUCCUGAAUAUGUUUAUCAUGUAGCAAAAGAGAACGGGAGACUCUAUCUUAAGGUGGUUCGCAGUUUGUUGAUUGACAGAGUUUUAUGUGGUAAUCGUGUAAGCCAAAUGACCCGAACAUACGAUGACAUUGAAGCUGUAACUCGUCUGCUAGAGGAAAAGGAAAAGGAUCUCGAAUUGACCGUACAAAUUGGCAAAGAACUACUAACACAAAAUACUCGCUUGGAAAAUCGUGUGGCCGAACUGGAGGGUGAAGUGAAGGUGGCCAAUGAAAAUUUGGCGCAACUCACAUAUGAGGUGCAUACGAAAAGUGCAUUGCUAGCAGCUUUAACCAAUGAUGAGGAAGCUGGAAGCGAAACCAGCACGCCAGUGGUGUCGAAAAAUAUCAAUUUGGACUUGUUGCAACGCAAAAUCAGCAGUUUAGAGGUCGAAAAUAAGUCGCUACGGGCAGAGGCAACGCAAUUGGUUAAAGAAACCGAUGAAGUGGAAGAAGCUGAACGCAAACUAAUGGAAGACAUAACACAGCAGCUGAAUAGUGCAAACUAUCAGUACGACGGUUUGAGUUUGGAAUUGGAACGCUACAAAGAAGAGAACAAAUUUCAACAUGAGCAAAUCAUUAACUUAACUGCGAAAUUAGCUGAGGCCGAACUACGAUUGCAUCAGCUGACCUGCGAAAAUGAAGAGCAAAUAUCGCGGCUUAGUAUCACCGAAGAAAAUCAAAAUUUGUUGGCAUCUGAAUUAGCUGAAUUUAAAGCACGAUAUCAGGAAGUCUUGUCACUGUUGCAAGAGACCCAAGAACAGUUGCGCAACCAAAGAAAACGUGGCCAACCCAUGGUUAGAAGUAAUUUCAUUCCCGGAAUAGGAAUGGGAUGUGCACCAGUCGAUUCACUGCAAUCUGAAUUGAUGGAAUCCUCAUUGUUUUCGGAUAAUAGUUUGGAUUCCGGUAUAGCAUCUGACCGUGGUAUCGGCGGCGGAAAAACGAAUGUGCCUGGAUAUAAAAAAGUGUUUGAAACAGUACGUUGUGCUUCAAAAACUGGCCAAUUCUCCGAUGGAAUGUCACAGCUCGGAGCUAUGUCAUUGAGUUCGUCGUCACAGACUCGAAUGUCAGCCUACGCCUAUCCUGGAAGUGGACAAAACUCAAAUCAUGGAGGUUCGGUUUACUCUGCAUCCACAUAUCCCAGUUCCAUGGGUGCGAAGAGCUAUUCGAGAGAAAGUUUAACUUCCGAUUCGGAAGACAACUAUCCAGCGAAGGCUCCACAAGGUGUUCCUGGAGCCCCAGGAGCGAAGGACCUUGAAGCGGCUUUGAAACGACUUACUCCUGCAACACUUUUAGCGCGACGUUCAAUGUUGUCAAAUGCGCCACCCGGAACUUAUACUUAUGACGAGGGACCGACUAUGCCGUUGGGAAUUCGAACACCUGACAGUAUCAUGUCAACCGGAUCAUCAGGAUUGUCUGGUAUAUCUUCCAAUCACUGGCGUCUUCCGGAAAAAUUGCAAAUUGUCAAGCCAAUGGAAGGAUCACAAACUUUGCAUCACUGGAACCGUUUAGCUACACCCACUUUAAGCGGAUUGCUAGACGAACGGCCUGGAGUUACUAUUCGUGGUGGACGUGGAUUGGAUGAAUUAGGGUUGCAUAUGUAUUCAUUGUCAGAUGUGGAAGAAGAUGCUGAUGAUAACCCUGGUAAACAGUUCCAAACCUACGGCAGCGUUUAUACUUACACAAACAGUACAGUAAUGCAUCCAGACGAUGGUAUGUCCGUUACAUCCAGUUUACCACAGUCACAAAUGUCAUCUCGCUUAGCUUCCGUUAGUAGCUCGAGGCAUCCCAGUCCCCCACAAACACCUCGGCACAGUUUAUCACGACGGAAUUCGUGCUCCACAUUUUCUGUUAAUUCUGGAUUGGCAUCAAUGCUAAACGAACGAGGCAUUAAAGCAGUCACACCAAGCGCACUUAACACACCAGCUGGUCCUAAUUACUCUCCAACAGUAACACCAUGCAACAGUCCUGAAGGAUCACCAACUCGUUCUCGUUCCCCGGAACGUGAUCAGACGUUACUCACUGGUUUUAUUAGCUCUGGUGCCGAUAUGCUGCGCCGUAAAAUUGUUGGCGAAACAAGUCGAUCAUCACGACCAAUGUCCGCUCGUAACAAGGUGUUGCUGUCACGUCAAGAACAGAGAGCAUUACGUUCCAUCCGUUUGAUGGAAAAGGUGGAAAGUCUUGGCCUAGAUAAUAUCAUCACAUCACAUCAACCCGUCGGCAUUAGUCCACUGGCACUGCAAGGAUCACCGUCCUUAACGGGCGCCCGCUCUCGAACGGCAAGUCCAAUGGCACAGCUUACUAGUCUGAAAAACAUUUCACAACGAGGUGAAGACGGUUAUGCCUUCGAUCGCGGAUCCAUUCGGUCAGCAUUGAGCCAGGUUACGGGUAGUGACCUCGACAGUGAUACAAACAGUGAAUGUUCGACAACCAGUUCGGUUGAUCGAAUCGAAGGCAAUAAAUCAACGGCGUCGAAACCUGCGGCGCACCAUCCGUCUCCCAGUCGAAAUUUAAAUGCUGGACAAACGGUAAAUCAACCCGCUGAUGGCAGACUGAAACAAAUGCAACGACAGAAAAGUAGAAGAGGUCUGAUCAAUGGAGCGAAUGGUCAACGGCCUGAUCUGGGAACAGUGGCGGGCAAAAUGCGACCGGAUUUGGGGCGGGUGAGCCGCAGCAAUAAUGAAAGCAAUUCACGUACGGCAGACAGUCCGAAAAAAGAGGAACGGCCAACGAUUCAGCAAUCCGUUGCACAAAGUUUUGUCGGUAGUAUUAGUUCGUUGUUUUUCGGCAGAAAAGGUGGGUUGUCGUAAAUUACAAUUACUGUAGGAUGUAGACUCUGGGGGCUACGAUGAUGUGUACAUAGCAUUCAAAGUGAUUUUUUUUCAAACAACAAAAAAAUUAUUCGUCAAACCGUUUCGUUGUCCACUUUGUUGUUGUCUCUUUUUUUUAGAAAAAUUGAACCGUAAAAUUGAACGUAGCUCUUAAGUUCUUUUAUGUUUAAUUUUUAUGUAGUUAAAGUGUUCGUCAUUUAUCAAUCUAAAGUCGAAUUUCACAAUUGCAGAAGAAUAUAAAAAAACGAAACAAACAAAAAAAAAAUCAAUUUUGAUGCACUGAGAUGAAUGCAAAGAACCGGGAAAAAACUACAAAUUCAAAAUAAAUCCAAGCUUUUUGGGUAUGACGCAACUCAAACCGAAAAUUUUAAACAUUGCUUCGUUUACGGACAACAAAAUGGUUUUACUGAAACAGUGCCGCUACAGCAGUUCAUACAGUCGAGGCCAAUAGUUUUUCCAAAAUGGUCCGUUUCAAAAUUUAAUUUAGCAUUUUGCAUCAUCAGUGCAUUGAUGAAUGAAAAUCAGUCAUAUGCGUUGUGAAUGACCCGUUCCUAUGUAAAGUUCGGAUCGAAAGUCUAUUCCAUAUGUCAAAGUGACGUUUUAAACGUCAAACAAAAAUGGAUACGUCAAUAAGUCACAAAAUCGUUUAUCUUUCCUCAAAUAUUUAGUAAAAAGAAAUAAAGAACCUUGUGACUACUUCGGAUAUUUAUUUUUGUUUGACGUUUAAACGUCAGUUUGAGAAUAGACCCACGUUUGAUCCGAACAGUCUCAAAGGUUCUUCAUUGAAAGCCAUCGCAAAACGUUUAAGAGUAGAACCAAAUGCCUAUUUUUGGAAAAUGAAUUUCCAAAAAUUUGCUAGGCCCGGAGUCGAACCAGAACGAAAAAAUUUGGAAAAGUGACUUGAGUGAACUGAAAAUUUUGUUUACUUUAAUGAAGUCACAUCACUAUUUCCAUUCUCAGUUUUCGAAAUGCAAGAAAACAAUAUUUUUUGUUUGUAAAAUUCUUUGAACUUGUCGUUAAUGCAUUCACAUCUUGCAGACGAUUUAAAAACGAAAAUAAUGAAAAUGAGCCAGCAAUUUCUUUCAAUUUCCGAUGCAUUUACCAAGCUCGAUUUUUCAUUUUCUCUGCCGUCUCUCAAAUCAAUUUCCUGUGUUAGCUACAACCAUUCCCUAUAUAAUUUAUAGACUUCCAAUGCAUGCAGUGCAUUGACCGUGUUAUUGAAAGAUAUUUUACUUCAAAUAUUUGUAGAAAAAAAGACGAGUCAACGCUACGUAUAUGGCUGAUUCGUUCGCCGGAAGUGUGGGACGAAACGAUCUGGAUGAAAAUGUACAUAAAAUUAAAAUUGAAAUGAGUAUGACUAUGAGUAUUAUGAAAACUUUAUUAUCCAGAGAAUAUUUAACGAUUGAAGAACUUAAAAUGAAAAACGCUACAAACGCUAAAAGCAACAGCAACAUUAAAUAAUUAAAAACAUAAAGUUGAAAACAAAAACAAUAACUUUGUCUAUAGUUUACAUAAAAACAUUAUCUUAAAAUGCAUAAUAGCAUCGUAGGGAUCGUUUGGCUUUUUUAUUUUAGUUAUUUGAUAUGUGAACACAUGUCCCUUCUCUCUAGUCUCGCGCGCCUUUUAUUGCAGUAGUUUUUAGUUAAAUUAUCACAAAAAUGGAAAAGUUUUAUGUUUAAAAGAAUAAUGUGAAAACGAAAAUCUUUCGUAAAAUUUACAUUUUAAAUUAUU